AUUUUGUAUUAUGGAGAAUAUGAAAAUCAGUGUUAUUUACAGUGCCCGGUAUGUGAAGAGCCACGAUUUAAGCAGCGUGAUGUGCAUUCUGCUAAGCCUAUACCAAGACAGUCUUUGUGGUAUCUUCCAAUUAUUCCUAGACUUCAAAGAUUGUAGAUGUCUAGGAAAACUGUCGAGCAUAUGACCUGGCAUUUAAAUUGUUAUAAUGAAAAUGAGAAAAUGUUUCAUCCUGCAUGUGGAGAGGCGUGGAAGCAUUUUGAUAGCACUCACCCUGAGUUUGCUAGUGAACUGAGGAAUGUUAGGUUAGGUUUGUGCAUUGAUGGGUUCACUCCUUUUGGACAUUCUGCAUCUCCAUACUCUUGUUGGCCAGUAUUUGUGUCAGUUUAUAACCUACCUCCAACAAUAUGCAUGAAGCAAGAAUAUGUAUUCCUUUCAUUGAUUAUCCAAGGUCCCCAAAGUCCUGGAAAGAAUAUUGAUGUAAUGCUUCGACCACUAAUUGAUGAUUUAAAACAGCUUUGGUAUUUUGGAAUCCAAACUUAUGAUAGCUUUAGGCAUCAAUACUUUCUAAUGAAGGCUACACUAAUGUGGACCAUUAGUGACUUACCUGGGUAUGGAAUGUUGUCUGGAUGGAGCACACAUGAGAAUGGAGCAAUGCCAAAGAGAUUGUCUGGUGAUGAGAUGCGUAGUCGCAUCCAUUGGCUACCCGAUGUACUAUUUGAAAAGCCGCCGGAUCUGCUCUGUUUCCUCCUCCCUCUGCCGCCGGCUGUUGUUGGGUAUAAGCCCCGGUUUUUCCUGGUCCUUGAUUGCCCUGUGAUCCUAGCACUUGGAUUAGGCCUUUUGUCCUGUGUGAUUAAGGUAGUGAGACCCGACAUGUGGGAAGCCCAGGGGAGUGACGAGCUAGACGGCUAGGCAUUUUUGGACUUAGAUUUUGUAGCUAGGCCGUUAGUCACCCAUGCCUGACUUAGAAAUUUUGUGUACAGAACUCCCUUAGUUAUAGUCACGACUUUAUAAAUGAAGUCAUAAAUC